AGUGCGAGGCGCGCGGGUUACGGAGGGCGGUGGCGGCGGGUUCCUGUGAGAAGCUAGUGGAGCUUCCUCAGGUGACUGACGCGGGCCUCGGUUCUGGGCGCCGGGGUGUGGGACUGGAGGAGUGGCCGCGAUCCCCGACUGCACCCUGCUGCCUCUUCUUUUCCUGCGCUUCUGGGGACUCCUUCCAGGUGCUCCGGCAGCUGCCCGGGCAUCACGGCCCGGUCGGCGGGACGAGGAGCUGGGGCGGGGGCUGCGCAGGGCCGGUCACCCCGGUGUCUGCUGCUCAGUGUCGACGGCGAUUCGGUGGGCUUCUGCGUUUGUUCUGUUAGCGUGCUUAGGUGUCACAGCUGGGUGACUCUCGGAAGGAAGGUUUUGCCGCUGGCGCGUCAGGUGUAUCGCGGCCUCGGGGCCGCGGAUUCCUGGGCCUGACGCCGCCUCUGAGGUUCGCGCGGCCCCGGCGUCGCGGCUGCCUCAGCGCUGGCUGAAGGCCGGCCCGAAGCGCCCUUAAUUGUGGCCGCGCGCUUCCCUGCUGCUCCUGCUGGUCUCCGCGCCGCGGUAGUGGCCUCUGGAGUUAGAGCCUUGCCCGACGAGUCGUUGAGGAGGAAUCAUUAUAGAUUCUAAAAAUAGAUUUUCCCUUCUCUGUGGACUUGGUAUAAAACGUAGCUUUUUUCUAUUUGGAUUUAUUUUCUAAAAAUCAACACCGUAAACCCAUAUCAGAUACAACAAAAUUGGGGUAGUUAAACCAUGAGUUGUGGAAAUGAGUUUGUGGAAACAUUAAAAAAAAUUGGUUUUCCCAAAGCUGAUAAUCUUAAUGGAGAAGACUUUGACUGGUUGUUUGAGGGCAUUGAAGAUGAAUCGUUUCUGAAGUGGUUUUGUGGGAAUGUGAAUGAACAGAAUGUGUUGUCUGAAAGAGAAUUGGAAGCUUUUAGCGUUCUUCAGAAAUCAGGCAAGCCCAUCCUAGAAGGGGCGGCAUUGGAUGAAGCUCUUAAAACGUGUAAAACUUCUGAUUUGAAGACACCUAGACUGGAUGACAAAGAGCUGGAGAAAUUAGAGGAUGAGGUUCAAACUCUACUGAAAUUAAAGAACCUAAAAAUUCAGCGGCGUAAUAAAUGUCAAUUGAUGGCUUCAGUAACUAGCCACAAAUCUCUGAGGUUAAAUGCUAAAGAAGAAUCAGCCACUAAAAAACUGAAGCAGAGUCAAGGAAUUCUAAAUGCAAUGAAUACUAAGAUCAGUAAUGAACUUCAGGCUCUUACUGAUGAAGUUACACAAUUGAUGAUGUUCUUCAGACAUUCUAAUUUAGGUCAAGGAACAAAUCCACUGGUAUUUUUAUCGCAAUUUUCCUUGGAAAAAUACCUAAGUCAGGAAGAGCAAAGCACAGCAGCAUUAACUUUGUAUACCAAAAAACAGUUCUUUCAGGGUAUACAUGAAGUAGUUGAAAGUUCAAAUGAAGACAAUUUUCAGCUUUUAGAUAUACAGACACCAUCUAUUUGUGAUAAUCAAGAAAUCCUUGAGGAGAGACGACUAGAGAUGGCUAGACUGCAGCUGGCGUACAUUUGUGCUCAACAUCAAUUAAUUCACUUGAAAGCAAGUAAUUCAAGCAUGAAGUCAAGUAUAAAAUGGGCAGAGGAGAAUCUUCAUAGCCUAACCAGCAAGGCUAUGGACAAAGAAAAUUUAGAUGCUAAAAUUUCUAGCUUGACCAGUGAGAUUAUGAAACUUGAAGAACAGAUCACUCAAAUAAAAGACAGAAGUUUACCUGCUGUGGUAAGAGAGAAUGCCCAGUUAUUGAAUAUGCCAGUGGUAAAGGGAGAUUUUGAUCUGCAGAUUGCUAAACAAGAUUAUUACACAGCAAGACAAGAGUUAGUUUUAAAUCAAUUAAUAAAACAAAAGGCAUCAUUUGAACUUCUACAGUUAUCGUAUGAAAUUGAAUUAAGGAAGCAUUGGGACAUAUAUCGUGAACUUGAAAAUUUGAUUCAAGAACUUAGUCAAAGUAACAUGAUGCUCUGCAAGCAAUUAGAAAUAUUAACAGAUCCAUCAGUUUCUCAGCAGAUAAAUCCAAGGAAUACCAUUGAUACUAAGGAUUAUUCUACUCAUAGGCUUUACCAACUUUUAGAGGGAGAGAAUAAGAAAAAAGAAUUGUUUCUAACUCAUGGAAACCUUGAGGAAGUGGCCGAGAAAUUGAAACAGAAUGUUUCUUUAGUACAAGAUCAGUUGGCAGUAUCUGCUCAAGAACAUUCUUUCUUUCUGUCCAAACGGAAUAAGGAUGUGGACAUGCUUUGUGAUGCUUUGUAUCAAGGAGGAAAUCAGCUUUUGCUUAGUGAUCAGGAGUUAACAGAGCAGUUUCAUCAAGUUGAAUCUCAACUGAAUAAGCUAAAUCAUCUCCUCACUGAUAUUCUUGCUGAUGUGAAGACAAAAAGAAAAACUUUGGCAAAUAAUAAGUUACAUCAAAUGGAAAGAGAAUUAUAUGUAUAUUUUUUAAAAGAUGAAGAUUAUCUGAAAGAUAUUGUGGAGAAUUUAGAAACUCAAUCAAAGAUUAAGGCUGUUAGUCUUGAAGAUUGAAAAUUACUGGAAACCGAAUCUUUAUUACAUGUGCUCUUUUAUUUAUUAGGAGAAGACUGUGUAUAAUAAACACUACGAAAUUUUUAAAAUUUGA